AUGAGCUUCCCCAGGAAGGUGACUGCUUGGGGGGCGGGUUCGGGCCCUGAGGGCAGCGAGCGGCCCCGCGCGCAGAGUGGCCGGCGCGCGGCCUCGCGGGCACUCAGCCAAGGCCUUGAGUUGGGGGCAGCCGGCGGCGACGUCCACGGUGGGCCCCAGGAGCCCGAGAGCUUCGUGUGGGAGCACGAUGUGCCGGGAGCGGGGAGGCCGAGGCGCGGGGGCCGCCGGGGCCGGCCUGGCUCCUCAGCCCAGCCCAAGGGCGAUGCCCAGGCCCCGGCGGCCCGCCCUGCCGACGCGAGUGGAGCGUGGGCAGGGAUCACCCGUGGCCCCCCCGCCAGCCCCCUGCUGGCUCUGCCCACCGACCCCGAGUGCCCAGAGGAGAUCAGCGAGAUCCACAUGAUGAGGGUGAGCAUCUACACCAGAGGAGGCCCGGCCAGCGCCAGCAGCCUGGAUGAUCCUGGAGACAGAGACACAGGCCGCCUGCCGAGCUUCCUGGUCAGGGAGGGCUUUGUUCACGGGACGGCCCUGGGCUCGGGCUCGGGCUCGGGCUUGGGCUCGCUGCUGGCAGCCGCUGCCCGAGGCCUCCCCGCGGUGGUGGAGAGGCAGGCGGCGGGAGAGCUAGCCGCGGCUGCCUCCAAGAGGAUGCAGGGCGCCUUGUGGGGCAAGGAAGGGGGUGGCUCAGGUGCGGCAGUCCCUGCCCCCUGGCUCCGAGAUGGCCUGGGGAGACUCUUUCCUCCCUGGGGGCUGAGAGUCCAGGCAGCGCCCCUGGAGCCGGCUGGCUUCCCAAUCUGCGGCGUUCAGCUGCUCGGGAGGUCCAAGAAGCAGAGCCCGGUGCCGUGGGCAACCAAGCAGUCCAAGCGCGCUGGUGUCUCUGGCAAGAAAUCUGGCGCCAGGAAGCCCCGGGAGUUGGAGCCGGUGGUGGCGGGAGAAGAAAAUGACCCAGACAGAGGUCCAGUGCCCAAGGGCCAACUUCCUGCACAGAGAUCAAGGUCAUCUCUGAGUAUGCACCGUGGACAAUUCAGCAUUCGAGACCGCAACACCAGAGCCCCCCAAGCUCUUGCAAUCUCUCAGCUCUUGGUCCCCAGUCAGGGAGACGUCAUGCUCAGGGGGCCCACAGCCUCGGAUGACCAGGAGCCACCAGACCAUCCCCCAAGACCAGAAAGGCAGCCGCCUGCAGCACAGGGCUGUCCUCAGUGUGUGACACUCCAGAAAGAAAUAGAGGAGCUCAGAGCGCAUCUUGGCAAGCAGUCCCUGGCUGACAAGUCCCAGACCCUGUGAAGUUGAAGCCCGCAUCUUGCUACGAGAGAGGCGGCUGGUGGCUUGGGAGCCCAGGAGCUGUGGCCAAGCUGACUGGGUCCUGUUCUCCGUCAGCCCUCUCCCUUCCUCCUCCUCCCGGUGCCCUCUGCCCACCCCGGUUCACAGCAGUUUCAAAUUAAAGUGUCU